AUGCCCUGCUGGCCGAGCCUGGUGAUGACCCUGAGCGCCCUGUUGGCGCUUUUGGGGGUGCUGCAUUUGUGGCUCUUUUGUCACCAGCCCACUUGCUAUGGCAAGCACGAACCCCGCCGAUCAAGCCCGGGAAAAAACCCCGCCGCGAGAUCCCAGCGCUGCACCCACCUGCCGUCCCGCUGCGCCUGGUUCCUCCAGGAGCUGCCCUCCUUCCUGGUACCCGCGCUUCUGCUGGCGCUGCGCAGUCCUCCACGCUUCGCGCCGCUGGGCUGCAGGCUGCUGGGAGGCAUGUUCUGCGGCCACUAUUUCCACAGGACAUUCAUUUAUUCAUUCUUCCAAAGAGGCAGACCUUUCCCACUGAAGAUAGUGUUUUUUGGUGCACUGUUCUGCAUCUAUAAUGGCUUCCUUCAAGGUUACUACAUGAUUUAUUGUGCUGAAUAUCCCGAUGAUUGGUGCAAAGACAUACGAUUUUUGUCAGGUCUUUUGCUGUUUUUGUCUGGCAUGGGAAUCAAUAUCCACAGUGAUUUUCUUCUACGUCAACUAAGAAAGCCUGGAGAGUUCACUUACAAAAUUCCACAAGGAGGAUUGUUUGCAUAUGUCUCAGGAGCAAAUUUCUUUGGGGAAAUCCUGGAAUGGUUCGGGUAUGCUAUAGCAUGCUGGUCUCUGCCGGCUUUAGCCUUUGCAUUUUUUACACUCUCCUGCAUUGGACCACGUGCUUAUCAUCACCAUAGGUAUUAUCUGAAGACAUUCACAGCCUAUCCAAGAUCAAGAAAAGCCUUGAUUCCUUUUAUAUUUUGAAGAACAGUUAUCAGAAUGGAUGGGUGUUAUGUGUUCUCUAUUGUUUACAUAAAUGUUUUAUUAUUGUUAAGUAUAAUGUAUUAAAGACCCUUGAAUAAUUUCAUUUUGUAUAAUAGAAUCCUUUUGGCUCUUAAGAGGAAGAAUAUUCAGCAACUAAUGUUCUCCUACCUGCAUUUCACAGGUUGGCAACUAGUGCUGGUUGUCUGGGAAAUUGGGCUGUUAAUCACUAUCUACUUUUCAAAGAAAGCAGUGAGAAUUAAGAAAAGUUCAGUUAAGGGGAAAAAGGGGCUUUUUAGCCCUAAGCUUAUUGCUCUAUUUCAGUGUUCUUUCUCAUAAAGACAAAGAAAACAUUCCAUAAAAAGUGAUACUCAGUUUCAAGCUAUAUAAAUGCAUCUUUUGUUAUUUUCUUCAAAUGAGUUAUGGUUGUAUAUAAUUAUCAUCAAAAAUGAA